AUGGCCCUCGGUUUGAGAGACCCAUAUGGCCCGGGCCAUAAAACCUGCUUCUGGCUAUAUAACCCGCUAUUCACCAUAAAAACACCGCAUAUGCUCCUUCCUUGGUCACCUACACCUGUGAAUCACUCAGAGAAUCAGAUACCAGAUUUCGACUCAGAAGAUGAAAUUCCUCUUGCCCAACUAGUCGCAAAAGUUGAAGACAUCAACAAUGAUGCUGCUAAUCAGUCAUUUCACGAGUUAUUGCCCACACCAAAUUAUAAGAAGAAGCCAGCAGUUGUAAGAAGAAAAGCUUUGAAUUACAAAGCUCAACUUGUUACAAAAAACAUUUUCAACAAAGAGAUACCCUCAACUUCUCAAUCAGCUGCUGCAUCAAACUCGAACUGCCAACAGGACUCAUGGAUGCCUCGCUUAGCCAGCCUGCCCCACUACGCCGUCCCUGGCGAGACCCCACCCCGGUCGCCCUGCAGCCCCGCCAGCAGCCCCCUGGCGGGGGUGUCGUCCAGGAGCGGCAGCCCCUCGUCACCGCGAUCACCCCUGUCCGCUUCCAGGCACAGCGCGUUUUCUCUUGAGCGUUUUGUAUCAACAAGUUUAAUCCGCGCGCAAUUGACCCAUAAUACCGAAGGAAUGAGUGCUCUGAUGUACGCCAACUCCUUGAGUCCCUUAGUCACCUCCCCCUACCCUCCUUACAUGUGGCAUCCUAUCCAAGGGCUGUUCCUGCCCUAUUCUCCCUCCCACCGACCCGAAUCCUUGAGUCCUGAUCGAGCAACAUCGUUGGACCAAGGAUGUGGCCCGGAAAAAUCCAAUAGUGAAGAUGAUGCCCCUUUAAACCUAUCGCUCAAAGGCCGAUCGAGGACACAUAGUAUAUGGUCUCCGGGAAGCUUAUGCGAACAAGAAAUGAAAUCUACGGAUAUCAGACCGGAUUCCAGUGUGAUCAGAACCAUCAUCAGUCCAGCGAAAACUCCUGACAGUCGGUGGAAAUGGGACCACGAAAGAGAUCUCCAGAAUCGAGUACCUACCAUCGGCCCAUCCGGUGAAAAACAAUUCACGUGUCAACAAUGUGGAAAAUCCUUCAAACGUUCCUCCACCCUCUCAACUCACCUUCUCAUCCACUCAGACACGCGACCUUACCCCUGUCAGUACUGCGGAAAAAGAUUCCACCAGAAAUCUGACAUGAAGAAACACACCUACAUCCAUACCGGCGAGAAGCCCCACAAGUGCGUCGUCUGUUCCAAGGCGUUCAGCCAAUCGUCCAACCUGAUCACGCACAUGCGCAAACACACCGGCUACAAGCCCUUCUCCUGCGGUCUCUGCGAAAAGGCCUUCCAGAGGAAAGUGGACCUCAGGAGGCACCGAGAGUCGCAGCAUCCCUCUGUUCCUCCAGAGGUGGUCAUUUCGGCAAUGUACAGGCCCACCGAGAUCAUGCAGGAGGUGAAACACGAAGUCAGCAGCAGCAGUUGAGCGAAUAAAGUGGGAUUAAUUGUCGUGAUAGAGAUUGUUUUGUAUUGAAUCAACUCACGUUUGCCAAAUUUUCCAAACAUCGAUGGAAUAGGAAGAAGUAGGUUGCUGGAAAUGGAAAUUGUGUUCGAUUUGUAUACCUUUGUUGGCGUCGAACAGUGAAAUCUGUCAUUCCCUGGAAUGUCCAGUCAUUUCAAGUAUUGCCGGCAAACAAAGUAACUCUAAGGCUGUGUCAAGUCUGUGGUUUGACCGGGCACAUACGGUCAGUAUGAAGUCUG